UUGUUUUGCUCUGGUUCAGGUUUUGCCGGGACACCGGGUUAUCUAUCUCCCGAGGUGCUACGAAAAGAGCCUUAUGGCAAGGCAGUAGACAUUUGGGCAUGCGGUGUUAUCCUCUAUAUUCUCCUAGUUGGCUAUCCACCUUUCUGGGAUGAAGAUCAGAAUCGGUUAUACAGUCAAAUCAAAACAGGCGCUUAUGAUUAUCCAUCUCCUGAAUGGGAUACGGUCACUCCGGAAGCGAAGAGUCUGAUCAAUUCCAUGCUCACUGUUGAUCCUGGUCGUCGAAUCACCGCGGCCGAAGCGCUCAAGCAUCCAUGGAUUUGCCAACGGGAACGCGUGGCUUCAAUUAUGCACCGCCAAGAGACCGUUGAAUGCCUGAAGAAAUUCAACGCCCGUCGAAAGCUCAAGGGAGCCAUAUUGACCACAAUGCUGGCAACACGAAACUUUUCCAGUAAAAAACAAGAUAUCAUCCGAGCCACGGAGCAACUGUUGGCUGCAGCUGCUGCUGGAGAUUUCGACACAUACCUAAAAUACCUGGAUCCUCAGUUCACCUAUUUCGGACCGGAAUCAUGCGGCAAUCUGUUAGAAGGUGCAGAUUUCCACAAGUUUUAUUUUGAACAAAGUGAGUUAGUUAGUAUCGCACAUGUGUUAGACUUGAUACGAAUUCUAUAUUUUUGUUUCAUGUGUUGUUGUUCUUUCGUCUAA